GAUGAGGAGUGUAAGAGUUAACUAACUCCAGAAGAUGGCAAUAGAGCAACACUAGGAUGAAAACCACCGAAGAAGAAGAAGAAGAAGAAGAAGAAGAAGUCUGCCCCCUCUCUUGUAUUUCCAAAGAUGCUCCAUAAACCGUCUCUGGUGUUUCACUCAGUAGGUUUAUCCUCCGAUGUCGUGGUUGGGGGUUAGGUAAACUUGUGUUUAGGUGUGACACAUUUUAAGUUCUGGGAUCAGGUCAAAGAGCGGAAACAGACUUCCACACAACACCGGCUCAGUCGACCCUCAUUGUCCGAACGCCAUGCUUCCCAGGGUGGGUAAAGCGUUUAUAGUCCGGAUGCGGUUCAACUGGCGGCCGCUUUUCGAGGGCCGGUCACUACUGUUCACAAACAUCCUGAGCGGAGGAGUAAUAUUGGGGCUAGGAGACAUCGUGCAGCAGAGCCGGGAGAUCUUCAAGAAGCCAGACAGAGUCCGAGACUGGAGGAGGACAGGCUGCAUGUUUACAGUGGGCUGCUCCAUGGGUCCAUUGCUGCAUUACUGGUACAUCUGGCUGGACAGAGUGCUCGUGGGUAACACUCUGAAAAUGGUGGGCAAGAAAGUUGUGGUGGACCAGCUGGUCGCCUCACCGUUUCUGGGGAUGUGGUAUUUUUUAGGUAUGGGUCUCAUGGAGGGUGAAUCUUUAUCCGAGGGAUGGCAGGAGUUUAGAAACAAGUUCUGGGAAUUUUACAAGAUGGACUGCUGUGUUUGGCCUGCAGCUCAGACGAUCAACUUCUAUUUCCUCUCCCCCAAAUUCCGCGUUGUAUACAUCAACUUUGUCACCUUGGGGUGGGACACCUACCUCUCCUACCUCAAACACAGGGACGACAGCCGCCCCACUGAGCUGGUAUCCGACAGCAGUGCUCUGGAUGUACAGCCGCUGGUGCUCCCACCAUCCAAACCUCUGGAGGAGAAAGCUUAGAGACUGAGUUCAUGCUCAACUGUUGGUAGUUUAUGGGAAGCAAAAUAACAUUUUGCUGUAUUUAUCUGUUCAGACGUAUUUUUAGCCUUUGCAAAAUGUUGCAAGACUUUUUUCCUCUGACAAAUCGUUCUUCUCUCAAGUUUAAAACGACCACAUGCUCUGUCUGAACUCAGAGAAGAUGUGGAUGGUAAAGUGGAAGUGCUGGAACACUUUUCCCUUCAUGUCUGGAGAGUUUUAAUUUGUCGUCUCUCCAAUUAGUUUAUUUAUAUCUGAAUGAUGUGCACUCCCGUAGGAACAUUCAGGGAUGAAAAGCUGUUUCACUGUCUGUUAUUCUAAUGCCUCUGAUGCGAGUGGCUCUCUUUGUGUCACAUCCGAGGCACGAGUGUAACUGCUGCUACCAACACGACCUUCAGCGAGACACUUGUUCUCGCUGUACAUUUUUCGCUAUUCACGUGUCACGGCGCGGCAAUAUUGGACGUUCAGAGCAAGUGCUCUGGAAGUCAGCAAAAAUUCUGCGCACGAAGGAGGACCGGGUGAAAGGGUCAAACAAUCUCAUGACUUUCCCCCAGGUGACCGCUGUCCCGUGUAAAACCAAAAGUCAACGUUGACUUAUUAACGUUGACUAACUUAUAUACGUAACUUUACUUACGUAAACAAUGCACUUAUUUUAACCCCAUCCACGACCUCUUCCAUAACUAACCAAGUCGUUAGUUUGAAUUCACAACGUUAACCACGUGUUUAAAACUUGAAGGAAAGGUCGUUAACGGUGGCCCACAUUGUUAUUGUUGCACUCAAAGAUUUAAACUGUCAAACAUUCAACAGAGUUGCAUUCCUUUUUUUUUUUUUUGAUGUUUUAUGUUUCUGCUUUGACAUGAAAUAAUCAUUAUUGAUGUGAAACAGCUUUGUUUUUAUCUCUUAUUAUAUUAACCAGUGCAAACUUUGCCUUAAUAUGUAAACCCUUGCUACACAUAUUCAUGCCAAAUAAAUAACCUCGUCUUCAGUUUCCCACUGUGUGAUUAUGUGCUUAAAGAUGAUCUAUAGGAAAAUUGUUAUUAGAUAUAAGAUUUAUAUUUUUAUCAAACUGAAUCCUCAACUGUUUGUGUAAACCUGAAUCAAUUCAUUUAUUUUCAAACUGCAGAAGUUUUAUACUAGUGACUGUAAAUGUGACUUGAUGAACUGUACUGUAUAUCUCCAACUGCUCAUUUAUGAACGAAGAGCUUUUAGAUUUGUCAUAUCGGGUGAUUAAUCAGUAUAUGUGAUGAUAAACAAAGCUGCAUAAAUGGUGUCAACAUGAAUGUGAAAUCUGUAAAGCAAUAUGUUCUGUAUAUACGUCUUUGGUGUUGCUACUGUGUUCAUAUAACCAUCCAUUUGAACUCCCAAUUGUCUUGACAUAGAAUGUAUAAUUAGAAUAAUAAUGUGUGUAAAGAACUUAAAGCCUUAAGAAAUGCUGAUGAGUUGCAUUUGUUUUGUUGUUGAACUACAUGAAAUUCUGUCAAGGCUGCGAAGACCAACGUGCAGUAGUUUGCAAUGUUCCCUAGAAUAAUAAAAUGUGGACAAGCAGAGAAU